CGGAAACAUCCGUCCUUCCCUACCGGCCCGGAGGCAGCUGCCCAGCUCCCCUACGAAUCUCGAUUCCCCAAACAACAUUGCCACCGCCGCCUGGGCGCCUCGCUUCCCCUCACCUCGCCCUCUCCACCAAGCCGCGAGCCGCCUCCCCCAUAGGGUUCCUCUCCCCGGAGCCGGGGGCAGCAAGGGGGAUGGAGGGGUGGGCGUCCGCGGCGGCGUACACGGCCGCCGCGCUGGCCUCCGCGGCGGCGGCGACGGUGGUGGCUCUGCGGCUCGUGCACCGGCAUCUCCUUCACUACGCCGAGCCCACGCACCAGCGUUUCAUCGUCCGCAUCAUCCUCAUGGUCCCGGUAUAUGCAGUGAUGUCAUUUCUUUCCCUUGUCUUACCGCAUCAAGCAAUCUACUUCAAUUCUAUUCGAGAAAUCUAUGAUGCUUGGGUCAUCUACAAUUUCUUUUCACUUUGCUUGGCAUGGGUUGGAGGUCCUGGUAAUGUGGUGGUAAGUUUGAAUGGACAAUCUCUGAAACCCUCAUGGUUACUGAUGACUUGCUGUUUACCAGCUAUUCCCCUAGAUGGACGUUUUAUACGGAGAUGUAAACAAGGCUGUCUGCAGUUUGUGAUCCUAAAACCAAUCUUGGUCGUUAUCACUUUCAUACUUUACGCAAAAGGAAAAUAUGAAGAUGGAAACUUCAGUGUCAACCAGUCCUAUCUAUACAUAACUAUCAUCUAUACAAUUUCAUACUCUAUGGCAUUGUUUGCUCUUGCACUGUUCUAUGCGGCAUGCAGAGAUCUACUUCAGCCAUAUAACCCUGUCCCGAAGUUCAUCAUAAUCAAAUCAGUGGUGUUCCUAACAUAUUGGCAGGGUGUGCUGGUUUUCCUUGCUGCAAAAUCUGGUUUCAUAAAAAAUGCUGAGAAAGCUGCCUAUCUCCAGAACUUCGUGCUAUGUGUUGAGAUGCUCAUAGCAGCCAUUGGGCACCGAUUUUCCUUCUCCUACAAGGAAUACGCUGGCUCCAAUGCCCGCCCUUUCGGUGGCUUUAGGGGAAGCCUUCUUCACGCGAUGAAAUUCAAUGACUUCUAUCAUGACACUGUACACCAGUUUGCACCUACAUAUCAUGAGUAUGUGCUGUACAGUAACGAGGGGGAGGAUGAACCAACAAAAUACAGCCCCAGCACUAUGGUGCCAACCGGAGAGCACAUAGUGGAGCUGGCGGAAGUCACCGUUGUGAACUCGAAGGCUCCAGGGAUGUCAAGGUUUUUGAUGUAUGAGCCUGAUCAGGCAGAAACAAUGCCCUCCCAAGUCAUGGAAGCGAACAGAACUGCUUCCGCGGAACCAUACGACCUCUCAAGCUUCCUCAACGUAGAGCUAUCUGAUCAUCCUGAUGAGGUCCCUGCGAUUCCUGAUGCAAGAGAACAAUGACAUGUUGAGGUGUAUAUUCAUGGUGUAAAUGGGCGAUAGCGCUGUUGAGCUGAUCAUAGAUUAAGGUGUAGUGUUGUACAUAGAAACGUCACAUGUCGGCGACGUUUCAUUGUUCGCUCAUCUUGGGGGCAAGUUUAUGUUUUUUUCUUCUUUGGGUGGGUUAAAGAUGAGCCAAGCUGACAGAUCAAUUCAAGGUGUAAGUGGAAAUACGCGGUGUAAGCAACUUGUCGUAGAUUUGCUGAAUUCCUUUUGCCGAUGAGGUGGGUCAUGGGUGUCGGUUGAACGUGGUUUGUGUACUGAUUGUUGUAAAGGUUCACUUAUAUAACCUGCGAGGUUGCACUGAGAUCCAAGUGGUUAACUGUAUGAUGACUU